CAUAAACAGGAAACAGGAGCUACUUUCGUUUUCUUGUGGUGCUCUGACAGCACACUCCUGUGAAGAAGAGCAACUUUAUCUCAGAGCUCAUCAUGGAAACGGUAAAGCCCUUCUUUUCUGCUGCCACAAACAUCUACAAACUGGCUAAAAAGGUGAAGGCCAACAAAAAGCGCUGCCAGCGGAUUUCGGUCCGAGUCAAAGCCCUCGAGGAUGUGGUGAAGUCCAUCACAGAGUUCUCUCCACAGGUAGAGAAAGCCCUUGGGGAGCUGAUCCUAACUCUGGAUUCAGCACAAAAGCUAAUUGAAAAAUACACUGCAGCCAACUUGGUGGAGCGCAUCCUGAAAUCGGGCAGCCACGGAGAAGAGUUUGAUACGGUGAGCGAGCGGCUCAACGAUGCUUACCAGGUCCUGUGUGUAGCUCUGCAAUCAGAGCAGAGCAAGAUGCUGUACGAGGUGUUUAGACAGAGAGAGAGAGAAGACGAAAUGGACGGGAAGGAGGACGACACGGAGAUGACCAAAUUGCUAAUGGACUACAUGAAAGAGCAGCAGGAGAAAACCAACACCAUACUGAGACAGCUGGACAAAGUGGUGCAGAUGUUGAAUAAGCCCAGUUUCAGCAGCGUGGCUGUGCGACAGAUUAAACCAGAUGAACUGAAGUAUGAACAUCCCAAAAAGCCCUUCAAGACAACAGCGAGCUGCGAGCUCUACAAAGGAGAAUAUCAGGGAUUCCCAGUGGCCAUCAAGAGAUACAUCAACCCCAUGAACACCAGUGCACGAGACGUGAAGUCUAUUUUCAACAAGGAAGUCGACACCAUGAAGCAGUUUGAGUCGCCCAACAUCCUGCGAAUGUUUGGAAUCUGCAUCCAGGAUGAGAACGGACCCAACCCUCAGUUCUUCAUCAUCAUGGAGUACUGUGAGAAAGGAAGUCUUCGCCAGGUUCUGGACUCUGACUACACUCUGACCUGGAUCAGGAAAGCUCACAUGUGUUUGGAUGCAGCACGAGGACUCUAUCGACUGCACAAUACAGAGGAAAAAUGGAAGGUUCACGGGUCGAUCAACAGCAGCAAGUUCCUGGUGACUAAAGACUACACCGUCAAGCUGGGAGGUUUCAGGCUGUCGAAAACAGAGACGUCUCUGAAAAGGCAGACGGAGGACAGAGCCACGAGGUCGCUGUGCUACUACUGUCCCGAGAAGCUCCACAACGCCAGCUUCAGCUACUGCAAAGAGUGGGAGAUGUACAGUUUUGGAAUCAUCCUGUGGGAAAUUGUAACCUGUAAGAAUCCUUUUGAAGGUAUCUCAGAUAAAGACAUUUAUCAGAAGGUGUGUAAAGAGAAGUAUCGAGAGCCGCUUCCUGAUGACUGUCCUGCAGAACUGGGACAGCUGAUCAACGAGUGCCGGGCCUACGACGGCUUCCAGAGGCCAUCAGCUGGAGUGCUGCUGGAUAAACUGCGCAGUGUGGUGACACAAAUGGAGGAACAACAAGACUGAUUAGAAUCAUCCUGAAGAGGAAACACAACUCGGAAUAAAACAGGAAGAUAACUAGGGAUGGGUACCGGUGUCCGGUGCCAUGAUGGCACCGGUUCUGACAUAAACGGUAGUAACCAGACCGAAAAGCAGCGCACAUUUCGGGGCUUUAUUUCGGUGCUUUUUUUUCCUGAGCUGUGAUGACUUUAGAUUUUAGCCAAUCAUUUUACGUUUCCGAGGAUAGUAGGCGGGGCCAGGCACGUACGUUCUUUUAGAGCAGAGCUACAGAUCAAAAAUAUCCAAGGCAAAGCGGCCAAAAGUCUGGCUGUACUUCGCAGCAAAAGAUGCAAACUCAGCAGCCUGCAACAAGUGCUUUAAGCUGAUACUGUGCUACUGUCAAAGGAGGUAACAUCUCGAAUCCGAUGAAACACCUGGCGACGCAUAGCGUUUUUUUUUAAAGCCGAGAAAUGCGCCGUAUUUGAUAACUUGCUGCGAGACCUCACACCGAGCACAUCUACUGCGGGUGUGGUGCCUGUUAUCGGACCCGGAGUUAGCAACAUCCCCCAAAAACCCGAAGAGGAGAGUCCUGGCCCCUAGCCCUGCCAGUGUAGCAGAAAUGAUGAGGAUGAUGAUGCAGCAGCAGCCGUUCUUCUCUGCGUGAGUAGCUUAAUGCUGUUCGUGUGUAAUUCACGUUGAGUACGCUAACCACGUUAUUAAAUUAAUGCAUGUAAGGUGAACUAGCAAACACCGUCGUAGUUACAUGCGGCUGUCUUCUUGUUUGACGGCAGAUACUCCCUUCACCCUGGGCAAAAAGGCUAAAAUGACCAAAGAAAAAGUGGAAAACAGUUAAACAUGAGAGGUUUUUGGACAAAGUUUGUGUUUUUUCCAUUGUUUAAGCACUGCUUCCAGCCAAGAGUGAUACCAUAUAUGCCCUAUAGCUGCAGAAAAGGCUAACAUUGUUAUCUUUUUACAAAAAACAGCUGAACAUGAGAGGUUUUUGGACCAAUUUUGUGUUCUCCAUUCUUUAAGCACCGGUUUGAGCACCGUUUAAGCACCGGCACCGUUUCAAAAGUACCGGUUUGGCACCGGUAUCGGAUAAAACCUAAACGAUACCCAUCCCUAAAGAUAACUGUCAGGAUCCGUGGGCGUUGACGUUAAUAUUUUAGUUUCUUUCAUUAUUAUAUUUUCUACAUAUUCUGUUCUUUAUCCGGCGUGCCAACACUACAGAGGUGACAAAGAGGGCACUGCUGCGUCUGCAUCACAUCUCCAGCUGCACCACAGCAGAAAAGAAGGUACUUCAGAGGGUUGUCACUGCUGCCCAAGGAACUAUUGGCCACCCCGUCCUCACCUUGGGAGAACUUUUUAUCUCUUGCUGUCUAACAAAGACAAAAAACAUGAUCAAGGACCCAGCUCACCCUGGCCCAUCCCAAAUGAAGAUGCAAGAAAUAAAGGAAUGAUUUGAAAACAAGCCUUUAUUGGAUGAUACAGGCACAUGUAUGUUCAUUUAAAAAGCUGGUUUCAAUAGAGCAAAUAGAUUCAAAUAGAUGCACGUAAAACACAGCAGAAAAUAAAUAAAAUCAAAGACUCAG